AUGUGUGUUGCAGGAACACCGAAGGGUUACCAGGCACCAGGCUUCUAUCGUUCUCCCGAUGAUCCCAUUUUAAGGCCGGAAGCACAAGAAAUUGAAAUCGGAGCUAUGCAAACUAAAUAUCACGGCGCAUCCGUGGUUGUACAAAGUGUAUACAUCGACGACGCAUACGCUGCAGAGCUAAGACUCAAGGAAGGCAUGCAGCUUACUAACUUAAAUGACUCGCUGAAUGAUUCUUUUGGUGAGGAACCGGAAUCUGGAGAUGAAGGAAACCGUUCUGGUGACGGGUAUAAAAACAACACGAUGGAACGUAUCACUGAGACUGUCGAACCUCAGGUUGAAGCCGUGGAAAUACCUCGUGAUGAACUCUCGGCCAGACGUGAUGACAGUACUACCCGCUCAUUGAAUCAAAGCACGGAAUCGGAGCUAAAUCGAAUGACGAAACUAAGCCUUGUUGGAGAUCGUGGAUCGCCAGCAACUUUGUUAUCGUCCGAUAGCACAUCUCCCGAGGACAUGCCUCCGAAGCGUACUCGUCGUGUAAGAGGGACUAGAGUUCAACGCGGACAGCCAGUCAGUGAGACUCCAAAAUCUCCGGUUCUUAUCUCUGAGUCCCCAGUGAUUGCAGAGUCGAUUACUCCUAAAAGAACAAGAGGAGAUAACACCUAUGACACUCCACCAGCGAAAAGGACACCAGGGAGUAUGAAGCUGUCAAGG